AACUCGCCUCUCUCUGGCUCGGGGGGCGAAGCCAUGGAGAAUGCAGCGGCCCCGCCCGGCUGACAGGCGCCCGACACCUGCGCGGCAGCGGUCUCACCUCUGCCCAGUAUGGACUGUAACUGCGUGUCGGAUCUACUGCUCACCUCCCCGAUACCGGCCCUCUGGGCUCCAGGGUUCGCCUUCCCCGACUGGGCCUACAAGCCCGAGUCCAGCCCCGGCUCGCGGCAGAUCCAGCUGUGGCAUUUCAUCCUGGAGCUGCUGCAGAAGGAGGAGUACCAGAACGUGAUCGCCUGGCAGGGCGACUACGGCGAGUUCGUGAUCAAGGACCCCGACGAGGUGGCGCGGCUGUGGGGCAUCCGCAAGUGCAAGCCCCACAUGAACUACGACAAGCUGAGCCGGGCGCUGAGGUACUAUUACAACAAGCGGAUCCUGCACAAGACCAAGGGGAAGCGCUUCACCUACAAGUUCAACUUCAGCAAGGUCCUGCUGGUGAACUACCCGCUGCUGGAGCUGGGCGGCGCGCCCCUGCUGCUGGCCCCCUGCCCCGGGGGGGCGCACGGCCCCGACUGCCCGCCCCUCACCCCCGAGACCCUUCAGUCCCUCUUCUCCAGCCCCCGCCUGGGGGGCCCCCCCGGACGCGGCCCCCUCUUCGAGCGCCAGGCCGAGAGCGAGAAGCUGCGACUGGACUCGGCCCUCCCCUUCCUGGGCUCAGGCGUCUCCGGCUAUUCGAAGCCCCCCUUGCUGGCCCCCUAUGGCAGGACGCCCCCCUUCCCCGAGUACCCCUGGAAUUUUAACCCCUACCUCUCCGGCGCCUUCCCCCUCAGCAGCUCCAAGCUCCCCGCCUCCCUCUACUCCCCCCAUUUCUAUCCCAACCCUCUGGCCCAGCUCCCGGCCCCGGUCUCCCUGCUGGCGGGGGAGGGGGCUGAGAGGGGGGCCCUGGGCCCAGCCGCCGUGCCACGCCUUUGCCUGCCCCCCCACGGUGCCGCCCUGCCCCUGAGGGGCGAGGGCCAUGGGCCGGGGGGGCGGGAGAGGGAGGCGCUGGGGGACCGGGGGUUGAGCCCUCCAGGGGGCCCCAAGGAGGAUCCAGGCUCCGACUCCGAGCUGGAGAUCACGGAUCUGAGCGAAUGCAGCUCGGAGAACGAGUCCAGCCCUGAGAGCCUGGAGCUCAAACUGGGGGUGCUGGAGGGGGGCCCGGGGGCUGCUGGGGGCCCAGCCGAGGAGGGGAAGAGCCCAGCGGGGACCUGAGCACCGAACCCCGGCUCGGGGCAGCUGCAGCCAGAGGCCCCUGGCUUGCACCAGCGAGGCCUGGCUCUAUUUUUAUAGGAAAGUUUUAUUCACAGAAUGUCCCACAUCUGACCCCAAACGGGCCCUGAUCCGCACAACCCAGAACCCCCCCCAUGGAGUCUUGGACACCCCCCAGCACCCCUCGCCCCUGCCCCCAUCCAUGGUGGGUACUUGGGGGGUGGCACCAAGCCCCCCAGCCCUGCCGGUGCCCCUCACUCCCGACUCGCAGCCCCCUGCUAGCCCAGCCCUGCCGGUGCCCCUCACUCCCGACUUGCAGCCCCUGCUAGCCCAGCUCUGCCGGUGCCCCUCACUCCCGACUCGCAGCCCCCUGCUAGCCCAGCCCUGGGACUGAUCUGCCCUAGGUUGCUGGACAUGCCAUGUGGCAAAGCCAAUUUGGCCGUGGGCAACUCAGCCUGUGCCCAGAGCCGGGGAGAGAACCCAGGAGCCCUGGCUCCCCGUCUGCGGUGGGGAGGGGCUCUUCAGUCCUUAUGGUUCUCUAGGGGAACAGAUCAGGGCAUCAAAGUCUUUAACGUUUCCUGCCCUUCUCCGGAUGCUCAAAGUGCAAUAUUGUCUGUGUCCCCUUCAGUGUGAAACCCCCCCGGUCUGGGCCGGGUCCCGCCCCUGCCCCUGCUUGUGCGUCUUUGUGUUCAGCCCCACGGGUGAAAUGAGAUGAGAUUUUAACCUGUAUUUCCCCCUUUUUUGUAAAUAUUAAUUUAUGGAGUGUGAAAAAACCACCCAACCCGGCAGAUUUCUGGGGCCGGCGAUCAGCUGCCACCCCGCAAGCAAUAAACUCACCCCCGGGGCGCGCGGGGACCGGCCGCUGCGCUGGGGGGAGAAGCCGGA